AUGCCAGCGGUGGACGAGUCGCGCGCGCGUCGCCCCUCGAUGGAGCCCCCCGCCACGUCCCGCGCGUCCGUCGACAGCGCCUCGUUCCAGUCCCACAACCGCAAUCAUAACAAUACCAAUACCGCCGGUCACAACAACAACAACAACAACAGCAAUACUACUACGACUACUACCGCCAGCAGCAACAGCAGCGGUCUCACCAACGCCCGCGCGUCGUAUCAGGACCCGCAGACGCACAGCACGAAGCGCCAGAGCCACAGCAACAAGAAGAAGAGCGCGCGCAUGCGCCACUCGCUCAUGCACGUGCAGGCGGACGCGCUGGCGUUCAGUCGCUCGAGUGCGCCGCCCACGUCGGGAUAUUUGGUGCUGUCGCCGCCGGACCGGUCGAGUACCUACUCGAGUCUCCACACAACGAGUCGCGGCCCAAGUGGGGGGCAGCAGCAGCCGCCCGAGCCCACAGCUUCGCCGUCGAGCGACGAGAUCCUCAAAGUAGAGAUCCCCAGGUGGAAGUCGAAGCUCGCGACGGACCGAGCGGACCGCGUGCAGGUCCCGGCAGGUCCAGACAGUGCCGGGAACUCGCCGUUGGCCACGGGCGCUGCGCGGUCGGCGACGUGGGACGGCAAAGACGGACGCGCCAGUCGUGGCGUCUCGACGGGAGCGCUCGUUGUAUUGGCACGCGAUCGAGACAGUGGCAGCAGUAAGAAGCGCUAUACGGUGUUUCAAGUCUACGUGCACUUCCAGUCGGGGGCCGUGCGCAUGUCGGAGAAGCGGUACAGUCACUUUCGCGAGCUGCACAAGACGCUGCGAAGAAAGUACGCGGCCGUUGGGAAGCUCUACUUCCCACCCAAGAAGUUCUUUAUGUCGCUCUCGCUGCGUGUGAUUGAACAGCGUCGCGAGGCCAUUGAGACGUACGUGAAUGCAGUGCUGGCGUUGCGUCCACGACCGGUUGAAGUCGUGCAGUUCCUGAGCAUUGCCGUGGAAGACGACGACGAGGACGGAAACAGCACUGAUGGCCCGACGCGUGGAGUGGAUAUGGUGACGGCACCAAAGCACUUGCAGUCGACGUCGACGGCUUUCGGAACGUCUUCCGGGCUCAGUGGAAGCAACAGCUUUGCCCUGGAGGAUGCAGGGGGACACCUUGUGACGAUGCAGGAUUUCGAGAUCCUGAAAAUGCUAGGCAAAGGAUCGUUUGGAAAAGUCUACAUGGCUAGAGAGUGUGGAAAGGAGAACAAGAUCUACGCGAUGAAGGUCCUGCGAAAAUCGGAACUGAUCAAACGCAACCAGGUGGGGCACACGAUGAUGGAACGCCGCAUCAUGAGCUCCAUUGACCACCCUUUCAUCGUUGGACUCAAGUAUUCGUUCCAGACCGCCAGCAAACUCGUGAUGAUUUCUGACUACUGUUGUGGUGGCGAGAUCUUCUUUCACCUGAAGAAGUUCCGCUCCUUUUCGGAAGCCAUGGUGCGCUUUUACGCCGCAGAGCUAGUGGCCGCUAUUGGCCACUUACACGAGCGUGAUAUCAUCUACCGAGACCUGAAACCGGAAAACAUUCUCUUGGACGAAACGGGCCACGUGCGUCUGACCGACUUUGGUCUCUCGAAAACCGAUUGCACCGAUUUCACAGGAGCGAGGACAUUUUGCGGCACCCCGGAGUACUUGGCACCCGAGAUGCUCAUCAGCCGCAAGAAAAAGACCGAGUACGGCAAAGCUAUUGACUGGUGGAGUCUCGGCACGCUUAUGUACGAGAUGCUCACCGGCUGGCCGCCUUUCUUUGACCGCAACAUCGAGCAGAUGUGCUCCAAGAUCAUGAAGUCUCCGCUCAAGUUCCCAGCGCAUUUCGGUCUGAGCUCAGAAGUCAAGAGUCUCAUUUCUGCAUUGUUGGAUCGAGACCCGACGUACCGAAUAGGCUCACGUCCUGGCGCUGGUGUCAAGGAUAUUAAGAAUCACGUGUUCUUCGCCAGCAUCGACUGGGCGUUACUGGAGAAACGCGGCAUCAAACCGCCUUUCAAGCCGCGUGUUCGCAGCCCCACUGAUAUCCAAAACUUCGAUCGUGAGUUUACAAAGGAGUUGCCUGACCAUGGCUUUUUGCAGCAAGACAAGCGUCUGGCCAUGUCGCCCAAGAACGAGUUCCAGGGCUUCUCCUACACUCGAACAGAAGACCCGGCUUCGUGGUCGCGUGAGUCAGGCAGCAGCAGACAGGAAAAGCGCAUGUCCGGACGCUUGUCGGAGCCACGGACCAGUGAGGGAAUUGAGCGCGAGUCCCAGUCAACGGCAGACCAGCAGUAUCCUGAAUUUGGCCACGUCGCCCGCGACAGCACGGAUUUCGACACCGGCUGUAUCUAG